UCCUGCAGAUCAACAAGAAAAAGGCAGGAGCCCCAGUCAGGAAACUAGCAAAGGCUGUGAACAGGCUGUCUUCAGAAGAAGAACUUUAAAAAGCUCAUCAGCAUAAGAAGAGGUGUUUAAAGUCAUUUUGAAAAUCAAGAACUGCAAAUUAAAACACUUACAAGACAGACCUUCCCUUGCACUGAACUGGUGAAGAUGAGAAAGCUGGAUGAUGAGGAGAGUGGUGCUGCCUGGGAGACUGGACCCAGCCGCACGGGGUGCAGCGUGCUGGGCGGUGGUCCAGCGAGCUGCGGUCCUGGCCGAGGUAGGUAUUAACUGACCCUCCCACCCAUCUGCUCCGCCCGGUUAUACCCCAGGGUCACAGAGGACCCCUACGCAGCUGGCGCUGAGGCAGUGUGGCGUCCACCCCCCUACUGUGUAACAAACCAGCCCACUCACUGGCUUAAACAUGCGACAGCCAUUGGCUUUGCUUGUGAAACUCCCAUCUCGGCAGAGUUCAGUGGGGACGUCUUGUCUCUGACCCACCUGCAGCAUCAACUAGGUCAGCUUCCAAGUUGGGGUGACCCAAGAUCAAGGGGUUGGGGUCAUCUGGAGACUUGUCUACCCGUCUGCCAUCAGCGAGGGCCUCGGGGCUGUGGGAACAGCCAUGGGAGGCCUGCAUUCGUUGCCUGUAACUAGCUACCGGGGAGCUUAAAACAACAAAAAUUUACUGUCAAAGUCCUGAAGUCUGAAGUCAAGGCGUCCACAGGGCCGCGGCCCGGCAGAGUGCUAGCCCAGAGCCCUUUCCUGCCUCGUCCGGCUCCGGGGGCUCCCGCCGUCUCUGCCUGUAGCUGCAAGUCUCUGCAUCCAUCACAGGCCUCCUCCCGAAGUGUGUAACCUUCCUCCCUACACAGACAUCAUUCUGACAGGGUUUAGGGUCCACCCUCACCCAGUCUGACUUCAUCCUAACUUGAUUAUAUCGCCAAAGAUCCUAUUUCCAAACAGUCUCACAUUUCCGGGUUCCGUGGAUUCUGGACAUUAUUCAGCCUUCAUUAUUCGGCCCCUUCAUGCAGCUGCUUUCCUCCCGGUAUGUGGCUAGGUCCCAAAAUUGAGCGUCUCAAGACAAGGCAGUUUUAUGACUUAACCUGCAAAGCCACGCAACGUCACUUCCACUCAACGGAUUCUCUAUGGGACGACUCCUCUAAGGGAGGACGGUGCAAAGACCUGCCCAGGUUCGAGUGGCACACUGAGACAGAGCCACGCUCCCUGGAGUAGCACACAACAGUUAACAGCAAACACCUGGGGCCACGCAAACAGCACUCAGAGCAGGAGCGGAGAAGCAGGGCUGGAUACAGAGCAGAACAUCGGAUCCGGUGCCUGGAAGCGACUCUGGCCUAGGCAGAAAGGCGCCUUCACGCCGCUUCAAAGAGGCCCGGGAUGCUGAUUUUUUUUGGGGGGGGGGUAGGGUGCGGCGCCCCCAGCAGUGGGAGCGCGGAGUCUUAACGACUGGACCGCCAGGAAAGUCCCCUGAGGUUGCAGUUUUAAAUGACGCUGAAACGCCCGGCCGGCUUCCACCUGGAGCGCUGGCCCCGCCAGAGGGCGGCUCGACCCCGCCCUCCCUCCCGUAUCCGGUCAAUCCCCGUUUGGCAACGAGAAGGGUCCCGCCCCUGUUGGGGUAGCCCCGCCCCAGGAGAUGGCCCCGCCCCGCGUCCGGCCCCCGCUCCCGGAAAAGCCGCGGUACCUGCUUCCUCGGCACCCUGGCGCUCCCGAGGGUCCAGCUCGGGAGGUCGGCGCCCGCCUCGGUGGGAGUGUGCGGUGUGCCCCCUGUCCUCGGCUCCGCAGGACGUGGAGGUGCGCCGCGUUUGCGCUCCCGGGCCGUCACCAGGCCCCGCCCUGUCCGCGUCGGCGGAGGGGGGCGGUGCCCGUAGAGACCCCGCCCCUAACGUCACGGCCGAGGGGCGGAGCCGGCCCCGGCGGAAGCGAGCUGCUGCUGGAGGGCGCCGAACAGAGCAGCGGGCGCUCGGUGACUGCUGGUGACAGACAGCAUGGGCAGCAGCUCACUGUCCGAGGACUACCGUCUGUGCCUGGAGCGCGAACUUAGGCACGGCCGCGCGGGCGUGUGCGGGGACCCGUCGCUGCGCGCCGUGCUCUGGCACAUCCUGGUGGAAGACUUCGACCUGCACGGGGCGCUGCAGGAUGACGCGCUGGCACUACUCACCGAUGGCCUGUGGGGCCGCGCCGACCUGGCCCCUGCGCUGCGCGGCCUGGCCCGCGCCUUCGAGCUGCUGGAGUUGGCCGCCGUGCACCUGUAUCUGCUGCCUUGGAGGAAAGAGUUCACCACCAUCAAGACUUUCUCAGGGGGCUACGUGCACGUGCUGAAGGGCGCACUCUCGGAGGACCUCCUCAUCCAGAGCUUCCAGAAGAUGGGCUAUGUGCGCAGGGAUGAGCACCGCCUCAUGGUGGCCGCCCCGCCCCCCGCCCGCCAGCUUGUGCAGGUGGCCCUGGGCUGCUUUGCCCUGCGGCUGGAGUGUGAGAUCCUGGGCGAGGUGCUGGCGCAGCUGGGCACCAGCGUGCUGCCGGCCGAGGAGCUGCUGCAGGCGCGGCGGGCCAGCGCGGACGUGGCCUCCUGCGUGGCCUGGCUGCAGCAGCGACUAGCCCGUGAAGAGGAGCCGCCACCUGUGCCCCCCCGUGGCUCCCCGGCCCGGUGCCAGGCCCGGCUGGACCUGUACCGGGACGUGCAGGAGGAUGAGGGCUCAGACGAGACCAGCCUAUACGGGGAACCCUCGCCAGGCCCCGACUCACCCCCCUCGGAGCUAGCCUGCCAGCCUCUGUUCUGGGAGCAGAGCGCCAGACUGUGGGGUGUGGGCGGCGGGGCCUGGGAGGCUGAGGUCAGCAGCCCGGCCUCAGAGGAGGAGCCCGAGGCCGAGGUCUUCUCCCUCCUCUCACUACGCCAAGAGUUGCUCAGUCGGCCCGGAGACCUGGCCGCCCCCCAGGCCCCUGGAACCCCUGAGCAGGCCAGCCCCCCACGAGUCCCCGAGCGCCCCGGCUACCAGACACACAGCUGCCUGGGCCCUGGCGCCCUCCCCGCCCUCUGCUGUGACACAUGUCGCCAGCUGCACACUACCCACUGUGCUGCCCUGGCCACGUGCCGCCCGGGCCACCCGCUGCGCGCCCUGCACGGAAACCACCAGCGGCGCCUGUGGCUGCAGCGAGCCCAGGUGGACGCCUUGCUCUACGAUGCCCCUAGGCCCGCCUGGCCCUAGGCCCAGGGCUUUCUGGAGACAUGUUCCGCGGUGCUUUUCUGGGCCUCAUCCCUCCUCAGGCCCGGGCCACUGGCCACCCUGCCCCUCCUGCCCCCCAGGGGUGCUGAGCACAGCGGCGGGUCGGGGGGCAUGGAGUCUCAGCCCCGCUACGUGAGAGGUGGGGGCCCAGUCUUCCUCGGAAAGCUGCCGGCCCGCCCCCAGGGAGCACCCCUCCCUCCUCUCCCACCCCUCCCCGGCCCCACCACUGGCCCCAGCGCCGCAGCUCCUGACCUGCUCCCUGCAAGUGCCCAAAGGGGUGUUCCACAGAGGAGUGUCCUUGGGGGCUCAGGUGACCUCAUGAGCCGCUGAGCUUUGCUAAGACCAUUCUAGGGGCUCUGCCAGGUGCAUGGCUGACCCGGCUGAGGGGACCUGGCCCCCCAUAGCUGUCACAGACCAGCACUGAAUGAGCUGAGUGCUGGCCUGAGGCCAGCCCCAUGGGCUCCAGUCAGAGCUGGGCGGGGAA